GAGCGGACCAGGCUAUCAGGGUCAUCGAGAGAGCUCUCACGCAGUCACGCUCCCCCAUUUAUAUAGGCUGGUAACCUAGGGCUGGACCAGCUAGUCAGGCACGCAAGCAUCCCUCGGUUCAUAAGAGGCGGUGGUGGCCAUGGAGGGAGCCAAGUAGAAGGCAGGCAUCGCAACCAACGGAAUCCGGUGAGCAAGUUCUUCAAGAGCUCACAUGGAAGAUGGCGGUGUUCCAAGAAGAUCUACUCCCCCUACUACUCGUAGAAGCAGAUCUGCUGAGUUUCACAAUUUUUCAGAAAGGAGGAGAAGGGAUAGGAUCAACGAGAAGCUGAAGGCGCUGCAGGAGUUACUUCCAAAUUGCACCAAGACCGACAAAGUGUCCAUGCUAGAUGAAGCGAUCGACUACCUUAAAUCACUUCAGCUACAACUUCAGAUGCUGGUCAUGGGGAAGGGAAUGGCACCGGUGGUUCCUCCUGAGCUGCAGCAAUACAUGCACUACAUCACCGCUGAUCCUGCCCAGAUGCCACCAUUGCGCCCUUCUGGCCAGCAGCCCCGGCCAUUUCAGAUAACUCAAGCUAACUCACACCGACAAUCUAACGUCGAGUCAGACUUCUUGAGCCAGAUGCAGAACUUACACCCUUCUGAGCCGCCUCAGAACUUCCUCAGGCCACCAAAAUUACAACUCUAUACCCCGGAACAGAGAGGUGGCCUUGCUAGCACGAGCCACAACGGUGGCUGGAUUCCUGAGAGGAGUUCCUCCUACAACUUCAUGGAAUGAUGUGCUUCUGAUUACAAAAUUUGACUCCAGACGCAUGCUGCCUUGCCUUGUAAUCUGAAGAGAGCUUUCAGUCUGGACGUGCAGUGUUCCUUGUUCUUCGUCAGAGAAGUUCAUGAAUGUGUUGUAGUUUAACUAGCUAGUUGUGUUCUUAAAUAAAACGUUGUGAAUGUGAUGUUGCUCGCUUUUCUAUCUGAAUCUCACCCUUGAAUUCCCA